UGUCUUACGAUCUUCACAUAUAUAUCAAACACACUUAUAACACAUUAAGUAAAGUGAGUCAUAUAUAUCAAGUUUAUAUAUUCCUAUCACUACUUAAGCCAUGGAGAAGAAAGCAGUAGCUGCCUUGUCCUUCCUCUUUCUCGUUCUCUUUGUUGCACAAGAAAUUGCGGUGACUGAUGCAAAAACUUGUGAGAAUUUGUCUGACACAUUCAAGGGACCAUGCAUCCCAGAUGGUAACUGUAACAAGCAUUGUAAGCAGAAAGAGCACUUACUUAGUGGGAGGUGCAGGGAUGAUUUUCGCUGUUGGUGCACUAAAAACUGUUAAAUCUCUCUUCUCCAACACACAACGACAUUAUAUGUAUAAAUAAAUAAAUAAAUAAAUAAUAUGCAGUAUACCCAGCUUCACUGCAUCUCUAUGUUGUACUGCGUCGUUGUGAAUUACGUGUACUCAACAUCGUGCAUAACGUGUUAGUUAUGCACUUUGUUAUACGAAAUAAAAACACUAGUAAUCAUAAGUUCGUUUUGA